CGCCGGUAAUGGCAGCCACCAUGGAGGAGGAAGAGCUGGAGUUUGUGGAUGAGUUGGAGGGUGUGUUACACCUGUCUCCGGAGGUGCAGCAGGCGAUCGAGCAGGUGUUUCCCAGCCAGGAUCCCUUGGACAGGGCUGAUUUCAAUGCUGUGGAAUACAUCAACACACUCUUCCCCACAGAACAGUCAUUGGCCAACAUUGAUGAAGUUGUAAACAAGAUUAGACUAAAAAUCAGGAGGUUGGAUGAUGACAUUCGAACUGUGGUGAGAGGACAGACCAAUGUGGGACAAGAUGGCCGACAGGCUUUGGAAGAAGCACAAAAAGCCAUUCAGCAGCUUUUUGCCAAGAUAAAAGAUAUCAAGGACAAAGCAGAGAAAUCGGAGCAGAUGGUUAAGGAAAUCACACGGGAUAUUAAGCAACUUGAUCAUGCAAAACGCCACCUUACCACUUCCAUCACCACACUCAAUCACCUGCAUAUGCUUGCAGGCGGCGUCGACUCAUUGGAGGCUAUGACUCGUCGCAGACAAUACGGAGAAGUGGCUAACCUCAUGCAAGGAGUGGUGAAUGUUUUGGAACAUUUUCAUAAGUAUAUGGGUAUUCCACAGAUCCGUCAACUUUCUGAAAGGGUACGAGCUGCUCAGACGGAGUUGGGACAGCAGAUCUUGGCAGAUUUUGAAGAAGCAUUUCCAUCUCAGGGGUCAAAGAGGCCAGCGGGUCCCAGUAAUGUUCUACGUGAUGCCUGCCUUGUUGCCAAUGUGCUGGAUCCCAAAAUUAAACAGGAAAUCAUUAAAAAGUUUACAAAGCAACAUCUUUCAGAGUACCUUGUUCUGUUCCAAGAAAACCAAGAUGUGGCAUGGUUGGAUAAGAUAGAUCGACGCUAUGCAUGGAUUAAACGCCAACUGGUAGAUUAUGAAGAGAAAUAUGGCCGGAUGUUCCCACAGGAAUGGUGCAUGAGUGAACGGAUCACUGUGGAAUUUUGCCAUGUCACCAGGAUUGAGCUGGCUAAAAUAAUGCGCACAAGAGCCAAGGAAAUUGAAGUGAAGUUGCUGCUGUUUGCAAUUCAAAGAACAACAAAUUUCGAGGGGCUGUUGGCCAAGCGGUUCUCGGGCAGCACACUGACGGAUGGGAUUGUGAAAAAGACUGAAGCAGCACCACCAUCUACAAAUCCAUUCCUGGAAGAUGAAACUGGAGUUGAGUGUGACUCUGAGAAAGAAGGAGACCUGGAGAAGCCAAAGAAGCCCAAAGCCCCAGACAACCCUUUCCAUGGCAUUAUCUCCAAAUGUUUUGAGCCACACCUCUAUGUUUACAUUGAAUCACAGGAUAGGAAUCUCAGUGAACUGAUUGAUAGGUUUAUGGCAGAUUUUAAAGCCCAAGGCCCUCCAAAGCCUAACACUGAUGAAGGGGGUGCCGUGCUGCCUAGCUGUGCUGAUCUGUUUGUCUACUACAAAAAAUGCAUGGUGCAGUGCUCACAACUCAGCACUGGAGAGCCGAUGAUUGCUCUAACCACCAUAUUCCAGAAAUACCUGCGAGAAUAUGCACUGAAAAUCCUCUCCGGAAACCUGCCAAAAACUACAAGCAGCAGUGGUGGUUUGACCAUUUCCAGCCUUUUGAAGGAGAAGGAAGGCUCAGAGGUUGCAAAGUUCACUGUGGAGGAGCUCUGCCUCAUUUGUAGCAUUCUCAGCACAGCUGAAUACUGCUUGGCAACAACACAACAGCUUGAAGAGAAACUCAAAGAAAAAGUGGACGCAAGUCUGGUGGAAAGGAUUAACCUGAUGACAGAAAUGGACACCUUCAGCACUGUGAUUUCCAACAGUAUUCAGCUGUUAGUUCAGGACUUGGAUGCUGCCUGUGAUCCUGCACUCACUGCCAUGAGUAAAAUGCCAUGGCAAAAUGUGGAACAUGUUGGUGAUCAGAGUCCAUAUGUCACAUCCAUAAUCCUCCAUAUCAAACAGAACGUGCCUAUCAUUCGAGAUAACCUUGCCUCUACUCGGAAGUAUUUCACGCAAUUCUGCAUCAAAUUUGUCAACUCCUUCAUACCCAAGUUCAUCAACCACCUCUUCAAGUGCAAGCCAAUCAGUAUGGUGGGAGCGGAACAGCUUCUACUUGACACUCACUCUCUGAAAACGGUUCUGCUUGAUCUUCCUUCGAUUGGUUCUCAAGUCAUACGCAAGGCCCCAGCAAGCUAUACAAAGAUUGUCGUCAAAGGCAUGACUCGGGCAGAGAUGAUUCUAAAGGUGGUAAUGGCACCUCAUGAAGCCUCUGUGGUGUUUGUAGAUAAUUACAUCAAACUCCUGGCUGAUUGUAGCACAGACACAUUCCAGAAAGUUCUUGACAUGAAGGGUCUGAAGCGCAGCGAACAAAGCAGCAUGCUGGAACUAUUCCGACAGAGGCUACCCACUCCUCCUUCAGGUGGAGAGAACAAUUUAACAACGUCGCUAUCUGCUCCGUCCCCCGAACAAGAAUCUUCCAGGAUCCGUAAACUGGAAAAACUCAUAAAGAAGAGGCUGUAAAUGAAGCUCAAAAGCUGCACAGAUCAGGCAUUGUGAGAUAACUGCUGUUUCUGGUUGGGAAACUGACAUAGGACCUUUUCCCUUCUCCUUGUGUCUCAUCCUCGUUACCUUGCACCUCCCCAGCCCAGCCCCCAUGCACCAACUCCUCUUUCCUAUUUGUCCUGAUCUGUGUCGCAGGGGCAGCAACCAUCCUGUUUGUCAAGUUUCUGUUCCUGGAGAUGUGAAUUCGCCAUUGCAGUUAGGGUAAUCUCUCCAGCUGAGGAAAUCUCCAACUGACCAGAAUAGAGACUAUCACCAACUGCUCAUUGUCCAUCUUAUGUUCAAUUGUUCUGCGUUUGAGUCAAAAUUUUGAGUAGCCUGAGCAGUUUCAUGUUCUGACAUUGCACAAGAGGUUCAAAAUUCACACAAAUGUACAUAAAAUUACAAUUGGUGAGUUUUACUGUUGCUGGUAUUUUGCACAGAGGAUAGCUUUGUGCUCCUAAUGGGCUGAAUGCAGUUACGGAGCUGCAGUGAACCAAGAGUUUGAUGCAGUGGACCCCCUCAGUAGUUGACUGGAACUAUAAAGACAGUGCCCACAGCUCUUCAUGAAUUAACACAGUCUGUUCUAUCAGAAUUGCAAAGGCCCCUGCAUUCUGAAUACAUGCUUGACCAACUGGAAAUUGUGUACAUAUACUGAUCACUGAGGUUCUGAAACCCAAAUUGUUUAACUGACCGAUGCAAUUUCAUUUUUUUCCAAAGGAAAGACUACAUUCAACAUGUUUGGUGUUUAGGUUCCGUAACAUCCUAGAGUGUAUUUUCUGAAAUGCAGUCCAGAAAUUUCCAGGCUGCUACCAGGACUCUUGAGUACAGUAACCAUUUAAGGGCCAGAAUGCAAACUGCCUCCAAUGCCAUUACUGUCUGUAGUCCAGAAAUCCAAAAUGGACCACUUAUUAUAACUGUAGUGUAAUUACAUAUAUUUUUAACUCCAAAAAGGCAAUAUUAGGUGCUUACAAAAUCCUCAAGCUCUUUAAAUGAACUAAAAAGAAUUAGGGCAGAACAGUAAUUCAAGUAGCUGAAUGUUUGAUUCGCAAGUGGAGAAUCAAGAGUUUGUAUGCUAACUUAGUCUCUGAAUUUAAUGUUGAAGUUGAUGUCAGUAUUUGCUUAUACAGAAACUAAAAUCUCUUACAGAAGGGCAUGUGAGAGGACAGUUCAAAUGAUCUAAUUCACAAAUAAUGCUUAUCUAGAUGAUGCAUAAAAGGACGAAGGGACACUAGAGUGGGAACACUUUUAUUUCACUCUGUCUUGGGUUUGAUCUUGAGUAAUGCUCACAUUGAAAGACCUCAGCAACUAGAAGAGUUGCAAGUGAUAUAAAUUUGUAAGUCUCCAACCAGUUCCAAAUAAAUAAGUGCCCAUAACAUAAACUGUCCCACAGCAUUAAGCAAUAGAAAAAUUGUAAUUCUCAUCAGUCUAGUAUUGAAGUAGGUCUGAAACUUGCUGUUGGGAGAGAAUAGUGAGAACUGUAUCUUGUCUAAAAUCCAUACUCAGUCUGAUUUGAGAAAAACUGUUGUUGAUGCUGAUGCUGGUUUCAAAAUAGUGGAUAUUUUAAAUUUCCUGAGCAGUUCAUUCCAAUACUUUGAGAGCAGAAGCUGUUAAAUAUACCAUACCCCUACCACCAUAACACACAUACUUACAAGCAGGACUUUCUGUUAUGGGGGGGAAGAAAGGCUGUUUUUGAAAUUGCAAGGUUGCAUUUUCUAGCAUUUCUGUAAAUAAAAAAAAAUUCUCCUGUAUUCCUCAUGGAAUGUAUAAUGCAGUACUGUUGUCAGAACAAUUUUACUUGUAUUGACAUGUAUAGGCUACAAUUAUUUCAAGUAACUUUAUUCAAAUUAUCUGAGUUCAAUGUGUUUGCACUACAUUCUAACACUCCACUUGAAUUAUCUAGUGCACAAAAUGGAUUUGAAUUUUUAAAUAGACUGUAAUCCCCUUGGAACUGCUCAGUGUUAAACUUGAACAGUCAUUGUCAAUUCAUGCAAUAGAUGUUAAAGAUAUGGGGAAUGAUAAUUUUUUUUAAAUUGCCAUUGCACAUUAUUUUAAACCUGGAAAAAAAUUACCAGUAACUUCUCUCUCCGUUGCACUCUAUCACAUACCUAAUGGGGUCAACAUUGUUUCAAAUUUAUAUGCUACUUUAUUCUUUCUCUGUCUUGUGAAGGCACUAAUGCUGGUUAGGUACAGUUUCAGAAACAUAUACAGCCCGUCAGUACCUCAUUCAGGUGUACUGUUGCAAAUAGUGAAUGUUUGUAGGUUGCUGUACCUUAGGGACCAGUACAGUCCAGCACCUCCCUAUCAUAAUUUUUUUUUUGUCUUUCGUCUUUCAUCUUACAUCCAGGAGACACCUGGGUAGCAAUGGGGAAUGGAACCUUUGAGAUGUCUUAUUCCUCUCCUCAUCUCUCCCCACCUCCACUUCUGAUCUUGUGCCCAGUUAUAGUGGCCCAACUGUGAAUCUGUUAUGCAGAAUGAAUUCACCUAAAUGGAACCCAAAUCAAGAAAGCUAAAUACGAUCAGCAUAAUUCUUCUGCAUCAAUUGGGGAAAGUACUUCUGUUAAAAAAUUCAGAUUUUAAUAAAAUAAUUACCAACACAAGAGACUUGAAUUAAGUAAAUUCAGUGAUUCACUUCACAAAGUAUGCCUUUGGAUGCAGACUUCUGGGAUGUCAGUAAUGAAAGACUAAGGCAGGUUCUUUUUGCUGAACAGAUCUGUCGAACACCUAUUGUAUGCAGCUUUCAACCAUUUGCCUUUGAGACUUGAGUAAAAUAUUUUUGUUGCUUUGCACAAGAAUAAGAAACACGCCACUUUAAAGAAGUGCAUUAAAGCUAUGUAGGUGGCCAUUUGAUAUUUGUGAGGAAACCUGACACCAUCCACUAUAACAUUGUGCAAGGCAUUGCUGACCAGUACCUGGAAACGCUAUGGGAUUGCAGGCUAUAACCUAAGCUUUGUUUUCACAGCCGGGUCCAAAGCAAAAACAUUGGAAUUGAGGGAGAUAUCCACAACCCAAAAGAAGGCAAAAACCGUGGUAAAUCAAUGUUUAGAGAGAGCAGUCUUGAUACUUGGCUACAUUAUUAUUGUCUUUUACACUGGCUGUGAUUGGAGAAACAAUGCCCGUUUUGUUUUGUGUCCCAGUGUGAAUGAAAGGACUUACAAACAACAGUUUAUUCAGGAAUGCCUUUUCUUAAUUUUCCUUGGUUUGUGUAGCACUAGGUUUAUUUAAAUCUGGGUUCUUCCGCUGGACUUUACAUAUUUGAUUUCAGGAUGUAAAUUUUCUGUUACUUAAUGCUGGUUUAUGUCCAGUUUCACGGUUUCUAACAUGGGUAUGAAAGUCAGAAAUGCAGAACAGUUUAAACUUUGUAUGAUGCUGUAUUGAGCCUGGGAUGUAUUUCUGGGAGAUAACUGCACUGUUGGAACUGUUUGCAUACUAUUUCAUCGCGUAGGCCAGUAAAGGUAUAUUUAUCUCAUUUUGUCAGUGUUUAUUUGUGUUGGUGUGAUAUUUAGGGUUGUUAAUUAACUGAUUAUAAUUCAUUUUAAUUUUAAUACAAACAACCUGAAAUAUAAAUAAUUGAUUUAAUGAAUUUAAUCGACUAAAGCAGCCAAUAGGGGGAGAAAAGGAGUGAUUGUACAGUGUUGAUUUUUGUCCAGAGCCUGUUGUUGAGAAUACUGCCACAAAACACUAUCACCUUGAACUUAUACCAUGUGACACUUGCAUGCAAAGUAUUUUAUCCAACUGCAUUGUGUUUCUUGUUAUUUCAAUAGUAGGGUCUUAUCUGUUCGCUUUAAUUGUUAAAGCUUUGUAAGAUUGCAUGCAAAUGAAUGUCAUAUGAAGGUCCCUUUCAACUAUGGCGUAAUGUUAUUUUAAGGCUGUUGAUCUUUGGUCUAUAAAUUCGUUGUUGCAGGCCCUUAAGCAAGUAAACUUUGGGGGAUGAUUAUAAUUAAUUCCACAUGACUGAAACUACAUUGAAUUAUUGGCAUUACCCAAAUUGUGUUUUGGUUAACUCGUGAUUCUAAAAUAGUGAAUGGUUACAGUAGAUUGUCCAGCUUGAUGACUUUACAUAACUUUUACUUUAGAGUUCGGGUUUGUAACUUGAUGUAAUCUGAAUAUGCCUGAUUGCUGAUACAUCGUACAAGCAUUCCAUGUCAAAAAGGACAUAUGCCUGAUUCUGUAUUGACUGGUUGUUGAACUCAACCAAGUCAGCAUUUGGGUACAAAUGUCCAACCAUGUAACAGAAAAAUCAACCAGAGUGCACACUCCUGAUGGCUAGGUACAACCCGCACUGAGAGCUGUGCUUCUGUGUGUGCAUGAGAGAAUGUCCAACUCGGGACUGCAUCAUCUCUGAUCAAGAUGUUCUGAUACUCGCAGCCUAGGCCACUUGGGUGAGGUAUCAGAGAGCUGCUGUCACCUAUUAAGCUGUACCACAGCAAAAGUGUGCACCUCCACAAGAAAAGCUUUUUUUUUAAAAAGUUGCAACUUUUAUGAAAGGUUUGAAUUUAUAUACAGAAGUUGGGAAUAACAAAUCGGAAAAGAUAUGAUGUAUUUAUUUUGAUUUAAUGGAUUGUUAUUUAAUUGUUAUUCAGGAUAAAUGUAAAAAAGAGACUAAAACUUGUGUAAUACUGUCUUGUAAAUGGACCGCAUCUUAGUCAAUCUGUUAAAUACAUUUUAAAUAAAAAGACAUGGCUAUAAUAUCAUAAUU